GGUCGAUUUGAUUGUUUCCCCGAGGGUAUAUAGAAGGGGCUUUAAGGAGGGUCGUGUGCCAGACGCGCAGCCACGGGCAGGGGCGCCGAGCCGAGCCCAGCCGACGGGUCGCUGUCCACCGGAGGGUCCCUCCCGGCGCGUGCCAGGCCCUCGACCACGCGCCCACGCGCCCACGCCCUCUCCGGCCCGGACCGCAGGGGGAACCUCUCCAGGAGCAGGGUCCAAGCGCUGGGGGCCGGCGCUGAAGCAGAGCCUCCCUUGACGUCCAAAAAGAAGAAGGCUGAGCGAGAUCCCUCCCAGGCAACCAAGAUGUUCGUGAAGCCGGAGAACCUGGAGCUGAAGGAGGAGGAAGAGGAGGAGGAAGGGCUGCUGCUGCUGGGGGUGCGCUCCUCGCCCGCCGCCCCGUCCUCUUCCUCCUCCUCCUCCUCCCUCUCGCCUUUCUCCUCCGGCUCCGAAGGGGAGGACGACGGGGAGGACGACGAGGAGGAGGAGGACGGCUCGCCUUCUUCGCGGCUCCUCUCGCCUUCGCCGGGGAGCCUCCUCGCCCGCCGGCAGGACUGCAAGGGCCGCCGGGGCCGCCGUUCCCGGAGCGCCGCCCGCCCUGCCAAGACGGCCGAGACGGUGCAGCGGAUCAAGAAGAGCCGCCGCCUGAAGGCCAACAACCGGGAGCGGAACCGCAUGCACCACCUCAACUCGGCCCUGGACGCCCUGCGCGAGGUGCUGCCCACUUUCCCCGACGACGCCAAGCUCACCAAAAUCGAGACGCUCCGCUUCGCCCACAACUACAUCUGGGCCCUGAGCGAGACCCUCCGCCUGGCCGACCACGGGGGCGCCUUCUCCGAGGACUGCAGCCCCUCGCCUUCCUCCUCCUCGUCCGCGGCCUCUUGGAGCUGCUCCGCCAGCCCGGCCCCUUCCGCAGCCUCCUCCUCGGCCUACAGCUGCACCAUGUCUCCCGCCAGCCCCGGGGGCAGCUCGGCCUCUGAGAUGGACUACUGGCCGCAGCCCGAGAAGCCGCGUUUCGCCCUGAUUUGAAGCCAGACUCGAAGCCAGCCUUCUAACGCAGGCAUGGGCCAACUUGGGCCCUCCCUCCGGGAGUUUUGGACUUUAACUCCCACUAUUCCUAACAGCCGGUAGGCUGUUAGGAAUGGUGGGAGUUGAAGUCCAAAACUCCCGGAGGGAGGGCCCAAGUUGGCCCAUGCCUAGUCUACACCACAAACUUUGCCUUCCUUUCUGAUCUGCACUUUCCUGCAUUGGCCAGGCACUGUGUCUUUUUGUUGUCCAAGGCUUUCAUGGCCUGAAUCACUGAGUUGCUGUGAGUUUUCCGGGCUGUGUGGCCAUGUUCCAGAAGAAUUAUUUCCUCAUGUUUCGCCUGCAUCUAUGGCAGGCAUCCUCAGAGGUAGUGAGAUCUGUUGACAACAAUAUAUCUGUAGAAGGUCCAGGGUGGACCUUCCACACCCUGGACCUUCCACAGAAAUAUAAACCUCCCUUUGAUAUACCAAUUUCCAAUAUACCUCACUAUCUCUGAGAAUGCCUGCCAUAGAUGUGGGUGAACUGUCAGGAGAGAAUGCUUCUGGAAUAUGGCCAUACAGCCCAGGAAACUCACAGCAACUUCUUCCAUUUUUACCAUCUGUCUUCUGUGAUUUAUUGGGGGAAGAAGAAAAUUAACGUUUGGAGAAUUGGUUGAGUAUGUGUGUAUUUGUGUGUAAGAUACAAUUAGAAGUCAUUUGUUGUUAUUAUUAUGUGCUGUAAGAAUUGAACGCAAAUGUUGAAAUCUUGGUUGCUCUUGUAUUGUAAGGGUGGAGUGUAGAAGUGGGGUGGGGUGGAGGGCUGAACUUGGGGUGGAGAAUGGCUCUUCCAUUAUUUAUCCUGACUUUUGAGGACUCUUAUUUCAAUAUAUAUGAAUGUGGACAGUACCCCCUUAUCCAUGGAUUUGAUAUCCACAGUUUAAUCUCCCCUUGCUCCAAAAAUAUUCCUUUCUGGAAGUGUUUGUGGGCCUCUCUAGGUCCUCCAGUGUGAUUGUGUGGUAUGCUUCCAGCCCAACUAUCGUCAAUACACCGUAUAUAUAAGAUUAACUAUUAUCCACAGUUUCAGAUAUUAAUGGGGGGCUUGGAAUGUAUCUUCUGCAGACACAGGGGUUGUACUCUGUGCCUGUGCCUAUAUAUUUAUGACUCUAUGAGCUAUGAAAAUUUCAGCAUAUUUGGAGCAUUCUGUGCAAUCAGGUGCACAGGAAUACACAUUUCUUCUAUUUAUUACAAAAGAAACAUUGUCAUGGGGGAAAUGGGAGGAAUAAAGAUGUAUUUUUGUAUAUUUCACAGAGUUUAUUCUAGUAUGUAUUUACAGCUGCAGAGCAAGGGCCUUGUUCUCAAAAAUGAAACAGAUCUAUGAAUAAAAUAUAUAAUUUUUCAUAAGAAAA